CUUGCCACCGUGGCCAUUUAGUACUGACUUGGUUCCUGCGUGUAGCUAUCAUGAAGCGCGACUGAUGUCACAAAACAAAAGUGAACACUAGCUGAUUACUUACCAACAGGGUCUUGCAGGAUUUUCUGAUUUUCCCCAAAAAUUUUCCCACAAGACUUUUUUUCGCAAGAUUUUCCCUCAUCAUCUAUCAUCACAUUGCUGACCACAAAGAUCGAUUUUUCUUGUAGUACACGUACGUUGGCUUUUUGUAGUUUGGCUUUCAUUUACAACAACGCAAAAAAUUUUUUCGAACCUUCCUGUUCUCCUCGACUUACAAAAGACGAUUUGUUAUUAAGAGCCUCAUCUCGCUGAUACUUUCAAUAGGUCGUCCUCUCAGGUGGAAGGUAGUAAAUUGAAGCGGAAAUAACAGGAAGUGGACACGGAGCUUUUUUUGUCGAGACCACUUCUUGCAGGAGUUCCAGCGUCGACGAAAUGCCGAACUCGAAAUCUUCGACUACCGCUUCGUCCUCCGCCGAUGACCAUGAAAUCGACGUGGCUCGCCUGGCCCGGAUGCACACGCCCCCCGUGGGCUUCCGGAGCGCGAAGCGGGACCCGGCGCUGCGGAGAGCCGCCGCUGAGAAGCAGAUGAAACCCGAAGGGGAAGAGCAAAUGCAGGUCGAGCAAGGAGUAGAGGACGAACAGGAUUUCACGGCUGGGCGGGAACACGAGUCGAGCAGCUCCGUCGGGUCCUGUGCGGAAGAAAGCACGACUGCAGGCGAGUCUUCCGCCUCGGAGCUGCCGAUGUCGCAGGCGGAGUUGAUGAACCUGCGGCGGCAACUGCGCGCCCGGCGGCCGAAGAAGCCGGAGGAGUAUCAAAUGCAAAAAUGUCUGGGUCUGGAAACUUGUAAUGCUGGUUGGGAAAGACAAGAAAACCUCAGUUGACUGCCAAGCAUGACAAGUUUUGGAGUUGCUAGUACAGUCUUGUCUAGUCUGCAUGACAAAGUGAGCUUCUGCAUGAGAGAAAAGUGGGAGACUUGGGUCACGCCCAUGACAAACUUAAGAGUCAUGUUAGCCAAGCAUGACAAACCUUGCAUCUUUCCAGACCCAAACAUAUUUGCAAUGCAUAAGGAGCUGCUGGACGACAGUCCGUUCGACAACUGGUCGGACGGUCAGCACGACGAGCGGGGUGUCCGCAGGGCCGAGAAACAUUCCUGGUGGUACCGGUGCAGGCGGCGGUUGCACCGCACCAAGCUGUUCGCGCGCGUCUACUGUUGCACCCCGGAGACGGAUCUGAACAAGAAGCGGGACACCAUUCUCAACCGAAGGGCGCACCGGCACGUGGUCGCGCUGGUGUAAGUAACGCAGUAGAAGGUGUAGGUGGUGCACUUUUCUUCUUUUGUGGAUUGGCGUUCCUUUGAUAUGAUCCUUGUCAGCUUCAGCUUGUCGUAUUCGAUUAUUUUGAUGAGUGUGAUUUUUCUUGCUGAGAAUCGGUCUUAUCACCCUCCGCAAGUGCCCGGUUUGAUCUCGAUCGAACUACCAGCAUUUUACCUAAUUAUACCAUAGCGAACUUUUUUGACCUUUUCAACCUUUUGCAUACUCUUACUUUCCAUAUUACGCAUAAGUACCUUUGUGCAAUUAAAGAAUUUCGAUUUUACACAUUUUUCCUUCCGUUGUUUUUCUUUUUACUUAUCUGAAUCUGUUACUACUGAAUCCACUAUGUGAAUCUUCUUGCACUACCAAAAUAAAUACCGACGCUGUUCUUCAGCCCCUUACCAAUAUCGACGCUGUUUUUCAGCCCCCCUUUUCUGUCUGUAUCUCUCAGCACUUUUUUUUAUCUUGGUCUCGUACUUUUAAUCACUCACUUCCCCCUUUUUUUUUGCACUAUAAUUCUUUUGCUAUUGCAGCUAUACUUCAGGAGACUUGAAAUCGACAGAGAACUAGUAGGCGUGGUUUUCGUUCUUUUUACAGACCUAAACCUUUGUUCUCAGUCGAUUGUCCUUUGUGUCGACCUCCUCGCUUGUUGGAUGAAAAUGACUAGCGUGAUGUGUGUCGCACUUGGGACGGCAUCACUUUUCUUCGCGAAAAGUGAUGGCAGCCACAACGCUACCGGAGCAAGCUGUGUGCUGCUUUUUUGAACUACCUUGAUCUAAGAUUGGCCGGCGGCUCGGCAUGCAGCCAACCAAGUGAGAUUGGUCAAGCUGCAGGCCAAGCUCCGUCGCGCCACAAGCAAGAACGACGAGAGUACAACAACUCCGCUAGCUACUAGUACGAAAAGGAGCGAUGGGGUACUAGGGUGCCGCGUGUCGAGGAAAAUAUUAAAGACACCAUUCAUAGUACUACCACACCUCCUGAACGAGCACACGUAGGAGCAUAUUUUUAGCCUAGUGGAGUCGAUGAACUCUGAGCAGGAGUAUUUUGACACUUUAUUCCGGCGUUGAUCAAGAUUGGCUCGAUUACCGGUGGAGCGUUCUUGGUUUGGGCUUCGCCUGGACCUAGAAGGAUUCUCCACCACAACACAAUUAGAUAAAGGACCGGAGG